AUGUCUUCAGAAACAGUACAACAGGAAAGUCAGACACCUCCCAUAAAGCGAUCUGGAUGGCCUUUCUUUUGUCCCAUCUCCCAAAUGCAAGAUGCUGGAGAAAUUGCAAGGACCCUUAAAGAAUGCAAACAGGAAAGUUUCUGGUACAGAGCUCUUCCUUUGUCUCUUGGGAGCAUGCUUGUCACCCAGGGGCUGAUCUCAAAAGGUAUUUUCUCAGCAAACCCACGAUUUGGUCCAUAUCCCAAGAUGGCAAUUGCUGGUGUCUUAGGUUUUGCCAUUGGAAAGAUGUCAUACAUGGGAGAGUGCCAAAAAAAGUUUCAGAAAAUUGGUAUUGCACCAUUUGGUCCACAACUAAAAAGACAAUGUCGUCAUACUUGCAAAGAGUGCAAAGAAAAACUGGGAUCGAAUGAGAAAGACGGUUCAAUUUCUUCGCCAUCCUAG